GAUCCUGUAACCAUCAUGGUAUUUAGACACGAACACCACCACCCCACCCCAGAUCCAGCGGUGAUGUUAUCGGUGUCCUUUCCUUGGGCUGCAGACCCACGGGAAGGGGUGAGUCAGUUCCCAAGCCCUCCUACAUGUGGUUUGCCUGGUGCCUUUCCAAAUGCUAGGCUGGCUCGGAGUUCCACAACCACCACUGCUCGCUGACACGCUCCAGUGCAAUGGCAGAGGUGUGACCACCAAGGCUGACUGUUGCUUUGUUUGGUGGCCAGCCCAGCCCAGAGGCAGAGUUCAUCCCAGGAAGCAAAAUCCGUGCUUGCUGCAAGAAGUCCUGCAAAAUAAUAAUUGGGAAAAAAGCAGGGGAAAAAAAAAAGAGCCAUUAAAAAGAUCCUAGCAGCACCAAUAUGCAUUGAUUUAGAGAUUCAUGCGUGAAACUCCUGGUUUGGGGGAGAAUAACUGUCUUGCUUUUGGAAGCAUUGGAAAUCUGAAGUUCAUGCUCAUGAGAAGUCAAAUUCAAGAGCCCGGGUUACUCAGUGUGGCUACGGAUUGCAGAGGCGACAGUAACAAGUCAAACAUUCUCUGUGAAGGAGUUUCAGCUGCGUUCUUGUGUGUGCACUGGCAGCUGAGAGGAAUAGCAGCCAGUCUGGGAUAAAAUGCCAGCGAGGGGCAAAUAUUUCUUCAGUGACAGUGAUGACUGCAGGAUCACAGACCCUCUCUAUGAGAAGUACCGUUAUACGAGCCAGCAGCUUCCACUCCUGCUUCUGCUGCUCUUCAUUGCAAUCAUCUUCUGGACUACACUAAUUAUAAUCUUUUUUGUCAAAGAUGAAGCACGUAUUCAUCUUGCCUUCAUUAUUGCAGUAUGUGCUGUUCUUGUCAUAUUUUCAGUCAUGUACUUACUUUUAUGUAUCGAAUCCUUAUUUCGGAGAUGGCUAACCUUAUUUGGAGUUACAAUUUGGAUUUGCUUCUUAACGAUAGGUUACAUUCCUCUUCUUGAACGAGAAGAUUAUUUUUCAGCAUGGGAACAGGUGCCAUUUUUUCUGUUCAUAAUCUUCACAGUUUAUACCAUGCUACCCUUUGGGAUGAGAGAUGCAGUCAUAAUUAGUGUUCUUUCUGCUCUCUCCCAUAUUAUCGUUCUAAGUGUGUUGUCCAAGGAUUCUCAUGCAGAUAAAAGAUCCAUUCUGUUUCAGGUACUUGCCAAUGCUGUCAUUUUCCUUUGUGGUAAUUUGAUGGGUGCAUUUCACAAACGCCAAAUGCAGGUUGCUUCGUGGGACUUGUAUAGAUACACAUUAAAGUGCAUUCAGGUCCGAAUGAAACUGAAGAUUGAAAAGAGGCAACAAGUGAGUGAAGUGGUUCUUGCUAUGAAUUGCUUGUUUGCAUUUCUAAAAUUGGUGCAAUUUUAUAAGGUUUGUGAUUAAUGUUCAUAGAAGGGCUUGGGCAGAUCUUCAUAAUACCCACCUCAUAUCAAAAAUAAAAGUUGUGCCAUUAGUAACAAAAGAAGGAAGUUGAAAGGAGGAAGCUGUUCCAUGCAGCUUGUCUGUAUGAAAAUCGCAGUAUUUGUUGCAAGGAUGUCGCUGCCAGUUAUUUCAGCUAACUUGUAUUUCCUAGCACAAAAGGUUGAUGGGACUGGCCUAAGGUAAUCCAAAAGAAACCUGUUCUUAAUGUCCUGACAAAUACUUGUGGGAUAAUUUCAACAGUUUUGUGCUUCCCUUUGUUAUGAAUUUUCUUUGAAAUUCUGCAGUAUUGUUUGUUCUUUUAUUUUCUUGUCUCAG